CUGUCAUCAGAGGGCUCCCCCCAAGCAGGUGAAGAUUUGAUGUCCUGCGUUGGGGCAGAAACCAUUAGCCUCAUGGAUCCAGGCUGGAGCAGCUCCAUGGGAUGGGAUCUGGGAGUCCUGUGAUCUGGUGUGAGUCCCUUGGACCCUGCUGCUGGGAAAAGCACCGGGAUCAGGGUGCUGCUUCAAGCCGAUUGCUGGUGUUCAGUGGUCAGUUUUGAAGAUUUUAACAUUGGGAAGAUGCUGAUGGACAAAAACGAAACUUGGCUCUCUAAUUUCUCCUCUGCUGACUCCUCCUUUGUGAAAGGAGGUGGCAACUUGGCAGGGAUUGGCCUGCAGGAGGUGGUCAUUGGGCUGAUAUUAACCCUCAUUGACUUGAUCACGCUCCUGGGAAACACAAUAGUGUUCAUCUGCCCGGUGGUGGAAAAGAGGCUGCGCACCGUCACCUAUAUGUUUAUCAUGUCCUUGGCCAUGGCAGACUUCCUUGUAGCUUGUCUGGUCAUGCCCUUUAGCAUCAUUUACGAGGUGACUGGGAUGUGGCUGUUCGGGAAGCUCUUCUGCAAAGUCUGGAUCUCCUUCGAUGUCAUGUUCUGCACCGCAUCCAUUGUCACAUUGUGCUUCAUCAGCCUGGACAGGUACUGCUCCGUGGUGACCCCCUACCACUAUUCAAGAAGGAUGUCUCGUGGCAGAUGCAUCGCGAUGACCUGCACGGUCUGGGUAUACUCCUCCCUCAUUUCCUUCCUUCCUGUCAUGCAAGGCUGGAAUGAGAUCCCUGGGGUGGACUUUGAUGCAGGCAGAGAAUGCAUCUUUGUCACCAACUGGAUUUUUGCCAUCGUGGCUUCUGCUCUGGCGUUUUUUGUUCCCUUCAUGGUCAUGUGCAGCAUGUAUUUCUUCAUCUACCGCGCUUCACGGCUCAAGGCCACUCGUAUCGUGUCUCAGACCCUGGAGAUCCAUUAUCACCCGAACAGCAAGCGGCAGAACCACCUGCAGCUGGAGAACAAGGCCACGCGGACCAUCAGCAUCAUCAUUUCAGUCUUUGUGCUCUGCUGGCUGCCCUACUUUGUCCUCAAUGUCUGGCUCGCAGCAAGAGGCACUGACUCCACCAGCACGGUCUUGGUUGAUGCAUUCAAGAUCAUCACUUGGUUGGGGUAUUGCAACUCCACCAUCAACCCAAUGCUCUAUGCUUUCCUGAACCGGGACUUCCAGCGGGCCCUGAAGAAGCUGCUCAUUUGCAGGCACAGGUCUCAAGUGGACAUAGGAGAAGACAUGGUUUCCAUAGCCACGUUUUCCAAGACUGCUCCAGAUCUGGAAUAUAGCAUUACGGUGCCAGCGUCCAACGGUGCCCUAAAGGGCAAACCCAAGUAACAGGGAUUCAGAAUCAGUUGCUGGAGGUGGUGGCACAGAAAGUGCCAGAGCUCAUCCUAAUGGAAAAAUAAUGGGCAGGAAAAUAGGGGAAAGGAGGGGCUGGAAUAUUGCACCACGGGACAUAGGGCAAAAGUGCAUUUCAUUAUCUUCCAUAGUUUUAUAAACAAGGAACUUUGAUAUUUUAGGGGCAAUUUGUUAUAACUGAUGGAGCUAAUACCUUCCUGCCUAAUUAUUUUUUAACGAGCAUUUCCUAAGACAAAUUCAACCUUCACGCAGGGGAAAACAACAUCAGUAUGAUAAUGUGAACUUGUCUUUGUGUACAUCCAGGUGCUCUGCAGCAUGAGGUGGGACAGUGUUUCUUGUUUCUCAAGCUGCUGUAGCUCUCACCUUGCAGCUUACAUUACAGAUGUCAUAGAACCAUGGAAUGGUUUGGGUUGGAAGGGACCUUAAAGCUCAUGCAGUUCCAACCCCCUGCCAUGGGCAGGGACACCUUCCACUAGAGCAGGUUGCUCAAAUUUGACUGGUUUUAGUAAUUCCAUGUGUGUCAGUCUGUGUAUGAGUGUUAGGAGGGAUGUCAUCAAGGAGCAGAGGUCACAUCUUUACAAAGGCACCACGCUUCAGUCUAGGCUGUUGCUCAGGCUUCAACUUGCUUCUGAGAGGUUCAGAGCUUUCAGUGGCUUUCUGUGAAUUAUAUGUGAGUUUCCUUAACUCUGGAAGGGAAUAUCCUAUGUGGCAGGCUCCAGGAGAUGAGCAAGACUUUCUGAGAGCACCAAGUGCCCACAGGAUUUAAAGGGGGCUGCAGGUGACCAACAGCAGCCAAAGAUGGGACAUGAAGAGCAACUAUUACUUGUGUGUUUCGCACUGUGAUGUCUAUGCCUUGAUGCCAUGAGUGUAGCUGCAGAAUAUUGCUGGACCAUACAGCCAUAAGGCUGGUGAAUGGGAAUGAUUAUUUUUACCACUCCCAAGUGCUUGGCUGGGCUUCAAACAGCAUCAAACAGCACCGGCUGCCUGUGGGAGGGCCAUGAAUUGCCUUACCAAAGGAGGAUACUGAAAAGGCAGGACUGCUCCCCAAUGUCUCUGCAGCACCACAGCAGUGAGUAAAAGCAGGAGCUGAGCCCCCAGGACCACAGCUUUUCUGUAGCAGGGUUACACGAGGGUUGGUGACCGCACAUACAACAGCCAUUGCUUCCCCUGGGUCUCAGACUGGUCUACAUGGGAGUCGCUGCACUCAGAGCCUGCUUUUAGACUGAUCUUCCAUGGACACAAAACACUUGAAGGAUGGUUUCUAGAACAGCUUCUUCUGAGCGUACACACCUGCUUGGGACAGGCAAGGCUUCUGCAGCCUGAGAAGCACAGCAAACAGCAGAAAGCUACCCAGGUUAACAUUUAAUGCUAAAACUAAUGGACUGAGGCGCUCAGAGGGGUGAAGAGCAUCACUUUGUUAAUAAAGGGGGAUGUUAGUAAAAGCCCGGAGUGCUUCUGCUCUUCCAGCUCAAAGGCAGCAGAGGACUGUCCUCAGAGGUUAGCAAAAAGCAGGUAUCUACUGCCUGGAGCAGGUCAGCUACUGAAGACACUGGUACAAGCAUCAGAAGUUCUCUCUCAAGAGCCUGGUGGAAGAAACAGCCCUGACAUGGGGUUGCAGCAUUGCUGCUCCUGUCGGACUCUUCCCGCAGUGGAUUAGGUCUCCCAGUUCCUAUGACUCCAGUAACAACAUGGAAGCGAUCUCUCACUUACCCAGCAAGCUGAUAUAUACAAGCUUCAAAAAACAACUCUCAAUAAACCCCCCCCCAAAAAGGAUAAUGGAGCACA